AUGUUUCUCUUUUCUGCAUUCGUGAGUUCAACUAUCGUCUCUCGUCAGGAAGAAGCUUCAUUUAUCUCUUGGAUGAGAGAAAAUAGUGUUAUGUUCACAGGAGAAGAGUACGCCUUCAGGCUGGGAAUUUAUUUAACAACUGAUCGCUAUAUCAAGCAAUUCAAUCGCGGAAAGCGCUCACAUACUCUUGCCCAUAACAAGUUCUCUGCUUAUACCCAUGCCGAAUACAAGGCUCUCCUCAACAGUAAGCCAAUUCAUCCAAGAAAUGUACAGAAGUCUCAGAUAACAACACAAAAAGUUCAAGUUCCAGAUACAUGGGAUUGGAGAGAUAGGGUCGCCUUCAAUCCAGUCCGCGAUCAGAUGGAAUGCGCUUCUGGAUUUGCAUUUGCUUCAUGCGCUUGCCAGGAAGUUACAUGGAAUAUUUACUAUAACAAAUUAUACCUUCUUUCACCACAAAACAUGUUAGAUUGCGCUUACAACGAGGAAGGAUGCGAUGGCGGUGAAGCAGAUCGCGCUGUUGGCUACAUAGUUACAGAUCAAGAUGGUAAGUUCGGUCUUGAAAGCGACUACCCAUACAAGAGCGAAUCUAUGGGUUAUUGCGAAUUCGACCCUUCAAAGGGUGUUACAAAGGCUUUAGCUGUUAACUACACAAGAGACGAAGCAGACAUGAAGGUCCGUGUUGCUACAACUGGUCCACUAAUCUGCGGAUACGAUUCCAGCAGCGAAGAUUUCGAAUACUACUACCAAGGUGUUUACUACAGCGAUGACUGCAGCGCCUGGGGUAUUGACCACUGGAUGACCAUCGUUGGUUACGGAACUUACAACGGAGAUGACUACUGGCUCGUUAAGAACUCUUUCGGUAAAGGUUGGGGCCAGCAGGGCUACGGAAUGGUUGCUCGUAACAGAGAUGGUGCAUGCGGUGUUGAUUUACUUACAUUCAGCAUCAACGUCUAA